GUUAUAGUAAUAAAUAUGAAAAGUAUAGCUAAUUCCGAAACUACAUCGUCGUACAUGGUGAAUGCACAAAAACUUAUGACAGAUCUACUUACGGGUUACGAUCGUCGUGUCGUACCUAUUGCAGGUGAACCGGUUCGUCUUUACGCAGACCUUAAUGUGGUGGCUUUCGAAUUGGAUGAAUUUGAAAUGAAGUUCAAAGUCCACGGAUUCCUAAUGAAACAGUGGUACGAUUCCAGAUUAAUAUGGAAUUACACGAAAUACAAUAUAACUGAUAUCCGUCUGCCGAGCAAAGCUAUUUGGAGUCCUGAUAUUACUCUUUAUAAUUAUUUGGAGCACUCAACGUUUACGGACACCGAUGAACAAUUGAUUAUUUUUCAUACCGGUGCCGUGUUGGAAUUCAGCCGAAUGCUCAACAUAGCCUUCUGUGAAAUCGAUAUGAAAAAAUUCCCGUUUGAUACUCAGACUUGUAAAUUGGUCUACGGAUCCUGGAUGUUCGACGGUGACGAUGUGAACCUUACGAGCCAGCAUGAUGAGCCUUAUAUAUAUGAAGAACAAAGACAUUACAACAAAUGGCGUGUCGAGAGUAUGAAAUCCCAAAUUUUCCUGCGUGGAAUACAUCAUCUGGUUUGUCUUGGUAGUAAUACAUACUACGCAGUCGACGAGGAAGAGACACUGAGCAUGCGCGGAUUCGACCGACCUAACGAGAGAGACGCCAAAACUGGCGUGCAAGGCAGUCAAGCCGUGCCGAAAUCUGAAAGGGACAUGGACGAAAUCAAGAAAUGCGUUCAAUAUUUGGCCCAACGAGCCACCAUCACUGGCGCACGCCAAGAAAUCACUGCUGAGUGGCAGCAGGUUGCGUUGGUCAUUGAUCGGAUCUUGUUUAUUUUCUUUGUACUUACUUUUUUUAUAUCCACAUUAAGUGUAUUUGCCUAA